AAGAGAAGAAGAUUAAAAAACAAACAAAUAAAAAGAAAAUGUCGACUUGGAUAUUAUAAACAAAAAAUUAUCUUCUAGAAGCAUUUAAACCGUAUACAUUACAUGUAUAAAUACAUACAUGUUGCAUACUCUUAUACUAGUAGCAGUCAUAAUAAAACGGAGCUGAGAUUACCUAACCAAAAGAAUCAUUCUUAAAAAGCAACCACAAAUGGAGGAAACAAAAAAGAGUUUGCUUGAUGAUUCUUUUACUAGUGCAAUGACACUUACCAAUUCAGGUGUUCCUCAAGUCCCUGAUCGUUACGUUCUUCCCCCAUCCCAAAGGCCAGCUCUUGGUUCAACAAGCUUAGGCACUACUACUACUGAGACGACAACACUCCCUGUCAUUGAUCUCUCUCUUUUACACCAACCUUCCCUUAGAUCCCGAGUAAUCCAUGAGAUCAACAUGGCCUGCAAGGAGUUUGGUUUCUUUCAGGUUAUAAACCAUGGAAUACCAUCAUCAGUGGUUAAAGAUGCCCUAGACGCAGCAACAUUGUUCUUUGACUUACCUGUUGAGGAGAAGAUGCGUCUUGUGUCUGCAAAUGUUCAUGAGCCAGUAAGGUAUGGCACAAGCCUUAACCAUUCAACAGACAGAGUUCACUACUGGAGAGAUUUCAUCAAGCAUUACUCUCAUCCCCUCCCAAAGUGGAUCGAUAUGUGGCCAUCAAAUCCUCCAUGCUACAAGGAAAAAGUGGGCAAGUAUGCAGAGGCAACACAUGUACUACAUAAGCAAUUGAUAGAAGCUAUCGCAGAAAGCCUUGGACUGGAGAAAAAUUACUUACAAGAAGAGAUUGAAGAAGGGUCACAAGUCAUGGCAGUGAACUGCUAUCCAGCGUGUCCAGAACCUGCAAUUGCCUUGGGAAUGCCACCACACUCAGACUUCAGCUCACUGACCAUCUUGCUCCAAAGUAGCCAGGGACUCCAGAUAAUGGAUCACAACAAAAACUGGGUCAGGGUACCGUACAUAGAAGGAGCUUUGAUAGUUCAGCUGGGAGAUCAGAUGGAAGUGAUGAGCAACGGGAUAUACAAGAGCGUGAUACAUCGUGUAACAGUGAACAAAGAUGUCAGAAGGCUAUCUUUUGCAAGUCUUCACAGUCUACCCCUGCACAAGAAGAUAAGUCCAGCAGCUAAGCUCGUCAACGGAAACAAUGACAAUGCAGAACCUGCCUACGGAGAGUUCAGUUUCAACGAUUUUCUUGAAUAUAUCUCAAGCAACGAUUUUAUACAGCAAAGAUUCAUUGAUACAAUAAAGAAGAGCAGCCCCUGAAGAAGACCACCCAAACCACAGAAUUCAACAAGGCAAUUUUCAUGGUUCGUCUUUUGGAUAAUUAAGGUUACGUUCCUGAUGCAUCAUCAUCUAGUAUCUACAUCUACUCUAUGCAAUCCAACAUCACCAAAUUAUCACAAAGCAGCAACCAAGUAAAAUUAUCCUGCAUGUAAACAGAUAUAACCCACUGUUUAUAUCACAUAAAAAGCUU